AUGAGUGCUAUUACUCAAGCUGAAAGACAGAAAUAUGCCGAAAUUUUUCAAGCCAGAGGCCAAGUCAAUGGCUACAUGUCUGGUGCUACCGCUCGCGACGUCCUUUUGAACUCUAACCUACCACCUAAUCGUUUAGAGCGUAUCUGGGAUCUCUCUGACAUUGAUAAGGAUGGUAAUCUCGACUUUGAAGAGUUCUGCGUCGCCAUGCAUCUCACUUUCGACUGUAUCAAUGGUAAUGAAGCACCUAUAUCUCUUCCUCCUUCUUUGAUACCCGCCAACAAAGUGCACCUUCUUCCUCAACAACAAUAUGCUCAACCUACUGGCUACCAACAAGCACAACCUACAGGAUAUCAAGGAUAUCAACAGCCUCAACCCACCGGCUACCAACAGCCUCAACCGACUGGCUACCAACAGCCGCAACCUACUGGAUAUCAGCAACCUCAGCCUACAGGUUACUAUGGUCAACCACAAGAGCCUGAAUUUAGCUGGGAUAUGACUCCUGAUGAAAUGACCUCAUAUCAAAAUAUCUACUCAAAAUAUGCCAAUGAUACAGGCAAAGUCAAAUUUAGUAGAAUGGAAGAUUUCUACAAUACAUUGGGUCUUCCUCGCACAGAUUUAACAAACGCAUGGACUUUAAUCGAUGUGAACCACACAAAUGCACUCACGCAAGAUCAGUGUUUGAUGUUUUAUCAUGUUUUGAAUCAGCGUACUCGUGGUGUUCGCAUUCCCAAAGAACUACCACCAGAUCUUCAUGCUGCUUUUGCUGGUGAAUAUGCAGCUGAUUUCGGAGAACGCCCUGGAUCAGGCACUGGUGCUCGUAAAGGAACGAAUCAAUCCAUGUCAAACAGUGCUAAAUUGGCUGAUAGCUACGUCAAUCGCCUCGGUGCUGCUAGUACCUCAUUGAGCAGCAAGAGCACUAAAGCUGGAAAUAAGUAUGACGAGGAGGAUAUGCUCAAGAGAGAAUUGGCUGAAUUAAAGGAGCGAGUCAAAGAAGCAGAGCGCAAAGCCAAUGAGGCCAAAGAAAGCGAAAAUUAUGAAUCCUUUGCAUCACGCCCUCUUCGCGAUCAAUUCCAAGCACUCUACGACUACAAGUUGCGCCAAUUGACUGACCAAAGUGACAUCGAAGACAAGGUUCGCAAGCAAGAAAGAGACAUUGAUGCAGCUCGUGAUGCCGUUCGUCGAUUGAACCGCAUUGUGGAUGAUGUUCGCUCAAAGAAGCGUGAAUUGGAGUCCUUAUUGGAGGAGAGAAGACUAGAAGUGCAAAAGGCCUUGCGUGCAUCUGAAUAA